AACAUGGUAAAAGAGAGUCUCCGAGCCUGGGUCCAGGACGCUGAGGAUAUCCUGGUGCACAUCAAUGUUGGAGGCCUGAAGCGCAGCCUGUUCUCGAGCACUCUAAGUAAUUUCCCCGAUACACGUCUGGGACGCCUGCUGGCCUGCGAGUCCGAGGAGGCCAUAUUGCAAGUUUGCGACGAUUACGACGCUCAACAAAAGGAGUUUUACUUUGACCGCAACCCGGGACUCUUCCCUUACGUGCUGCAAUUCUACCAGACCGGCAAACUCCACAUCAUGGAGGAACUGUGCAUCUUCUCUUUCUGCCAGGAAAUUGAAUACUGGGGAAUCAAUGAGUUCUUCCUGGACAGCUGCUGUAGCUACCGUUACCAUGAUCGCAAACUAGAGAGCCGCCACAAGAGCUGGGAUGAGGAGAGUGAUGUUAGCAGUGUGGACACUUCUGUGGAUGAGAUCUCAGACCUGAACAAGGACAUCCAGCACUUCCAGGAAAUGCGCUGUGGAAACGCCCGGAAGUACCUGUGGCUGACUCUGGAGAACCCGGGCUACUCCAUUCCCAGUAAGCUUUUCAGCUUUCUCUCCAUAGCUGUGGUUCUGACCUCCAUAUCCAUCAUGUGCAUUAACAGCCUUCCAGAGUACCAGCACUUUGACGAGGAUGGCAAACAAGUGGAGGAGCCGACCCUGCAAGCGCUGGAGUUCUUCUGCAUCUGCUGGUUCACCUUUGAGGUAGUGACGCGGAUGCUUUUGGCGCCCAACAGGAGAAAGUUCUUCCGCCACCCGCUUAACAUAAUCGACAUUGUGUCGGUGUUGCCCAUCUAUAUCACGCUGCCCAUUGACCUGGCGUUGGGCAGUGAAUCAGAGCUGGGGAACCUGGGCAAAUUGGUGCAGGUGUUCCGCCUCAUGAGGAUAUUCAGGGUUCUGAAGCUGGCCAGACAUUCAACAGGCCUCAGGUCUUUGGGAGCAACGCUAAGGCACAGUUACAGGGAGGUUGGCAUCCUGCUGCUGUACCUGGGCGUGGGUGUGUGCGUGUUCUCUGGCUUUGCCUAUACUGCAGAGUAUGAGGAGGACGUGGGGCUGGAUACCAUUCCUGCCUGCUGGUGGUGGGGCACCGUCAGCAUGACCACCGUGGGCUACGGCGAUGUGGUGCCCGUCACGGUGGCCGGCAAGCUGGCGGCCAGUGGCUGCAUCCUGGGUGGGACCCUGGUGGUGGCCCUGCCCAUCACUAUCAUCUUCAACAAGUUCUCUCACUUCUACCGCAAGCAGAAGGCCCUGGAAGCCUCGGUGAGAAACAGCAACAAGAAGAAGGUCAAAGUGUGCAGUGACAAUGUGCAGGAGGAAGAGGAUGAGGAUGGGGGUUUGGAUAGGGAUAGCCAGUGUCUGGAGGAGCUGGAUGAGGAUGAAGAUGAUGGAGGAGUGGUAAAUUAUAGCUAUGUUGAUCAUCCACCGCUGCCUAUGGAGAGGUCCAGCCCGUUGGCGAGGAGGAAAGAGUUCUUCAACUCUGAGUGCUUCACCAUAAACACAGGACAGAUGACAGAAGAAUUAUUACAGGGAAAGUAAACACAGUAUAUACAUGAACUGAAAUGAAUUAUAAGCACCCCAUGUUCUCUGUUCUGUUUGGUGUUACCAUAAGGUAUUGAUUCAGCACUGUGCUGUCUCUGGGUUUGAAGGAACUCUUCCUGAAUCCAAAAUUGUGACACUGUUAAUGGGAAAUAAUGCCAUUGUAAUGAAGCUAAUAUCAAGCCUCCACUAGUUCCUAUGGUGUCUUCUGCUUGCCCUGUACAGAACAGAGAUUAAUUUGGAUAUGCUCCAUCAACACCCCAUUCUGAAGUUGCGCAGUGUUCUGUUACUGUAUACUUUUAAUCACAACUCAAUACCAAAUUAUACCAAUGUAUUCCUUGUUGGAAUUCCUACUUCCUCUUCAUAUUUGUGAGGGUCUCCUAUUACAAAAUAGAAAAGAGGCUAGCCUAGGUCUAUAUUCUACCCUAUAGGUUGGAACUUGGAAGAGUUAAGCCAGUGCUGCAUUUAGAUGAAAGAGGAAAAUUAUACAAAUAAAUUGUCUUGCUCAAAACAAAUGAAUGUAUGACACAGCAAACACUUAUUAUAACAUGCAGCUUUAGACAAUCCUAACAAUUUCCCCUUUUUUAGAGAAUGCAUACAGUAUUGCCACAGCUAGAGCAAGUUUUGAGUGUAUAAAGUGUGUAAAAAUGUCUGGACACUGCAUGUUCUCAAAAUCAACAUUGUGGGAGGCAUUCUCCGCAAGGUCGGCAGAAUGCAGAUGUUUCCAGGGAUCAGGCGUCUUUUUACGCCUGUUAUGUUAGGUAAGGUGGGAAGUAAUGGCCCUGCUGUACGGUUGAGUGUUGCAAUCCACAUACAGUGCUGUACCUCCACUAAUGCUUUUAGACUGGCCUGCUUGGAGUACCCAUCUUUCCGGAAAGUUUGUCCUGUGUCAGAAUCCAUUAAAUGUAACACAAGCUUAGCUCCUGGAACAUUAAGGGAAUCAUUCACCUGAUUGAAAACAGAUCCUUCCCCCACAGCAACCUUGUCGACUUACUUAAAGACCAACAUCUUGUAAGGCAAAGUAGUAGUCUACAGUACUUGUCAUUUUGUUUUGCAUUAUUUUCAAUCAUUUUGGCAACUAUAAUUUACCAUGUUAAAUUUCUAUCUUUAUGAUAUGGUAAUACUUUCAGACAUGGCCGGUGACUCUGCUGGAAAUAUUCAUCAAUCAUUUUGUGAACUUGACUCCUCAUCCAAAUUUCUUGCACAACAAUGUGCCAUAGGACACUAUUUGUUGCGUAUGUUAAUCAAUGUCAUGCUUCAAGUCUGGCUGCUUCUCCCAGCAGUCAAAAUUGGGCACAUGACAUAAUUUUCUUGUUUGGUUGAGAAGAUGUCAAAAUGACAGAAACAUUAACUUGCUUGACCAUGCUGAAUUUAUUCUACCACUGUGUCUUCUUAUUGUCGCGGUCUUUAGGCCUAUACUGUAUAUCACGGUCACAAGGCAUAUGAAUUAACAGGUUAUAGAACAAACAUCGCAAUUAUCACAAAACAUAGGUUGCUGCCAGACAGUCCUAAGUAAAUUAUUGCUUGAGAAAUUGCUCUUUUUAAUAAGAAGCUAUUUUUGUUUCUGUUGGACCAUUUUAAUUGAAAACAAUCACAGUAAGGUACUACAUUAAUUGAAAAGAUUUGAUAUUGAGAUAAAAGCACAUGUAUUUUUUCUGGUUGCUGAAAUGACUUUAAAAAACUUCCUUUUUAAAUUAAUAUACAACAUUUCCUGUUGCUUUUCAUCUUCUACUGCUCUCACACCCUUCACAUGCCCAUCCAUAUUUUCUAGUUGUUUACUUGAACUGUUACACAGCUUUGUUCAUGAAACCAAAUUGAGAUGUUUCAU